AUGGUUAAGAAUCUUCCUUUCGCUGAUAUCACAGUACCUUCGCCUGGCUUUGGUGCCAUGGGCAUCAGCCAUGGCUUGGGAAACAAUUUGACACUUGAAGAAGCCGAGUUCGUGCUUCUGAAAGCAAUUAAACUCGAGCUUACUGAAUAUCUUGUCGCGAACUUGAUGCUUUCUGAUGAAGCCUCCCAAGAGAUGUUCGUUGACGCCGGCUUUGUAUACAACCUAAAGGACCUUUGUCAGAAUAACGGGUUCACUCCUGACCUCUACUACCUCCACCGCAUCGACCCCAUGACCCCUCUGGGGGAAUCGAUUGCUGCCAAGAUUGAGUCCUUACAAGCUGAAUAUUCAGCAUUCAAAACGCUUCACGAAACUGACGGCCUCAUCGAUGCUGCCAGAGAACUAGGCGUUGCCUACGUAGCUUAUAGUCCCCUUGGCCAUGGGUGGCUGGUAGAUGACUUCCCAUACCAGAGCCGCGAUGACGUCCUUACGGCACAAAAGUUACAGGGCAAGAACUUCUAUCACAGCAAGAAGAUCGUCGAAGAGAUCAAGAAGCUUGUAGCCCGGAAAAGCGUCAAAGUGACGCAGAUUGCACUUGCGUGGGUUGCAGCUCAGGGCUUUAUUGCAAUCCCGGGAACAACAAAACCUGAGCGACUGGAAGAGAAUUGGGCAUCACGGGACGUUGAGCUUGACGAGGAGGAGAAGGCGGAGUUGAGACGGAUCAUAGACUCAGCAAAGCCAAAGGGCAACAGAUACGGUCCUGCUCACCAGGCUAUGAUGGGGCAUUAG